UGUUGUCCUUAUUACAAUGUGCAUAUGCUAUCUGUGUAUAAUGGUGCGUGUGUUUUGCAAUCGAAACAACCUGUACGUAUGAAAAUAUUCCUCACAGAUAUGAAUAUUUACAACAUUCGCAAUUCGUUGGAAUACAUGCGAUAUUCUGGAAAUACCAUAAGCAAUGAAUAUAGUGUUAUUUUGAAAAAUUCGCUAGUUUUGUUACAGAACGAGAAUAAACUGUUGAAUGUAUAUUUCUGGGGAAAGAUAUUUGGACUUCAGCGUGAUUACUUUGUCUCCUUCGGGUACGAGCAUGAUGCAUUAAUAGGAUUGAAGUAUUAUUACAGCACAGACGGCGCUAAGUGGGGCCUGAUGCCAGUCGCCAGCGAGCAAGCCCAGUACUUAAGCCCUUAUUGCUCCACGAGGUUCCAAGGAGACCCAGCUCUGCAACUGGACGUGAAGCAGGACCUCCCGCCGCAGUCAGGGGACAGCGAGCUGCCCUUCAGCACGACCCUGAAGGAAGAGGACCGUCUGGCCGCGGCGGUGAAGGAGAUCACCGAGGAGGGAGCGGUCUUGCCGCGAGGAGCGCUGCACAAGCGCUGCAGCGGGGACGUCGUGCAGAGCCAGGUGUUCAAGGGGCUGACCAAGUUCGAGGCACUGCAGCUCAAGUAUUACCUGCACUGGCGAAGCCCUCGCGAGAAGUGGACCAAAAACUUACUUGUCCAUCCGAAAUACAACUAUUCGAUUGACUUCCUGGACACCAUCGCCGAAGAUGUUCCGUCAGGAAGUUGGAGCAUACAGGUUGAAGACGAUGGCCGACUCGUUAUUUUCAGAAGUCUCAUGUGGACAGGAAUGACGUUCUACCAUCUAGCUUCAUCGCCAGACUUUGGUUUCGCUUAUUUCGGUUAUGGGAAGCGCAACAUUGAUAUCCCAUUCAUGCUGUGAAGGAAAUGAAAAGUUUUUAAUCUAAUGUAAUCUUUCAAAUAAACUUACAUUCUUGUUUAACAUAAAGGAAUUGCUGAGAAUAUAUUGCUGCUACUGAA